AUGAAGUACCUCAUCCUUGCUUUCAUCCUUUCGUAUAUAUCUGCACAACACCAUCAUGACGUUGCCCUUUUGGUGGACCAGGCAUUUGUACGUCUUGAUGUCAACCCAAAAGACGGUCUCCUAGAGUUGGCAGAACUCACAAGCGUGUUUGAUAACAGGGAUCUUGACGGGGACGGAAACCUGACUUUCACCGAGUUUCAGCAUCAUGCCCCAGACAAUCCUAUUCGACAGGAAAUUUUUAACCACUUCGAUACAAACAAAGACGGCAUGCUUGAUAAAGUAGAAUUCGUGGAUACAAACUUCCAUGCUAUGGACCACAAUGGGGACAACCAGGUGACUAGGCAUGAUUUCGACCAUUAUUAUACAAAUAUUGUCCAACACCUCAUCCACCCGAACCAUGGCCAUGCUGGACGUUAAUGAGUGUAAAUUAUUAAAUUUAUAUAUUUUGAAAUUA